UUUUGUAUUUGACUUGACAAUUGAAAAUUGUUUAUCUACUGAAAUUCUACAUGGACUUACUUUUCAUGAAUUCAAGAUGGCAUCUCUUAAAAUUGGAAUAAAUUGUCUGUCUGCCAGAAUUUGUGGUUAUGGGCUUUCUUCAAGGUUGACCAUGCCUGUUUUGACAGCAACAGAGAAGCCAUUAUUUUCACAACCUGUUCGAUUUAGAUUUGCAAAUUGGCAAAUGUUAAAGGAUUAUAAAAAAAGACAGACAAUCAAAGAACAGUAUACAGAGCGUUUAAGAAUCAAUGCCAUACGUAAAAAUACAAUACUACCUAAAGAGUUAAGGGAAGUUGCUGAUGAAGAAGUAGCUGCUCUUCCAAGGAACAGUUCAAUAGUGAGGAUUCGUCAACGUUGUGUUUUGACUUCCAGACCAAGAGGUGUUCUCAGACGGUGGCGUAUAAGUCGCAUUAUGUGGCGACAUUUAGCUGAUUACAACCAACUUUCUGGUAUCACUAGAUCUUGUUGGUAAUAUAUGUGUGUGUGUGUAAUGCUUUUGUAUUCUUUUUUCAUACAAAAUCCCUUAUAUUUAAUAAAUUAUUGUAAAUAA